UGCUUCACUGUUUUUCCUUGUCAUUCACUUGCUGUGCCCGAUUUCUCAGCUCAUUUCACAAAUGGUUUGAAGGAGCGUGUGCCAUGAAGGAGCUCACUGUUGGCAGUCCAGUCCGCAGCAACAGCGUUUUGCCUUCUGCGCAGAGCCCUCCACCCAUGAUGAAGCCCUUCCUGUCCUUUUCAGUGGACAACAGUUCCCCGGCUGAACUUUUUCCUUACUUCAACACAAUGGACCCUGUCCAGAAAGCUGUGAUCAGCCACACCUUCGGGGUCUCAAUCCCCAUGAAGAAGAAGCAAGUGAUCUCUUGUGGCAUCUGCCAGCUUCACUUCAACUCAGAAAGCCAAGCAGAAGCGCACUACAAGGGCAGCAAACAUGCCAAGAAGCUCAAACUCCAAGAGUCAGCCAAGAGCAAGGCAAGGAAUACCCCAACCAAAGAUAGUAUGGACACGGUGCUCUCUCCAGGCCCAGGCCCUGCUCCUGGUUCUGGCUCUGUCCUCACCAUGGCUGCUGUGAAUUCUUCUCACCAAGCAGAGUGGUCUACAGCCAAUUCAGCCAUAAAACCAACCACUCCUUCAGCAGGGAUGGCUCUUGUUGCCAUGGUGGCAGCACCCUGUCCACCUAAGUCCCCUUCUGAACCCACCACGGCCAGCUCCCCUAAAGAGAAGGCAAUACCUGAGACUGGCACCAGGGAGAGUGUCAACACUUUGGUCAUGGUCACGCCCUUGAACGCACCUGCGGCCACCUUUGUGUCUGAGGAGGAGAAGGCCAAGAAGCUGCUGUAUUGUUCACUCUGCAAGGUGGCUGUGAACUCACUCUUGCAGCUGGAGGCACACAACACAGGUUUGAAACACAAAAUGAUGCUGGAGGCUCGGAAUGGUGCUGGUCCCAUCAAGGCUUACCCAAGACUUGUUUCCAAAGUGAAGUUCCAGGCCACCGUGGUCAAGGGUUCAGGACUGCAGAACAAAACAUUCCACUGUGAGAUUUGUGAUGUCCAUGUCAAUUCUGAGAUCCAGCUCAAGCAGCACAUUUCUAGCAGGAGACACAAAGGCCAAGUUGCUGGGAAGCCACUGAAGCCCAAGUACAGCCCCUAUAGCAAGCAGCAGCGCAGCAGCUCGGCCACUUUGUCGCCCAGAGUUGCUUUCCAGAAGGAGCUGGUGAAUCCUAUGUCCUCUGCUUUUGUGUCAAACCAGUUUGGCCCAAUUCCGCUGCAACCACAGCCUGCUGACUUGCUCUUCCAGACCACCACCAUGCCUGCCCCAUUCCUGGAGCCCAGCCCAGGAUCCAUAGUGCUUGCACCAUACUGAGACCCCUUGCAAAGGCCCUAAUUACAGCUGCAGCAAGAUGACAGGUGAUGACGGGGAAGAG